CUGCUUCUCUCUAGUAGCAAUAGGGAGGCAAUUCUUAAGGUUUUUAGUGGCCAGGACAUUGUGAAACCUCAAAAAUGGUUCACUUAUGCAAUCCCAGGACUUCCUUCUGGUUUCUAUGGCCCUCUAGGCUUUGUACCAGUGCAUCCUAAGCUAGUGGAACAGGAGAUUAUCACACAAACUAGGACAGUCCCUGUAAGGGUUGAGCCUUCUAGGCAUGGGACGGACAUAAAAUCUGGCAAGACUACCUGGAUUGCCUCUUUCACAAAACCUAUGGUACCAUUCAGUAUCUUUAGCACCUCUAGUAAAGCCCGCCUUAUUCAGAAACCCUACCGCCUUACUCAACACUUGGAUGGGUGCCUUGGU